AUGCCUCGUCGAUCUGCCAAUUCUUCUUCUACCAACGACCCCUCCACCUCGCCGUCCUUUUCUUCCGUCUCCGGAAAGGGCGGGAUCGCCAUCAAAGCGUCUUCCAGAACGAAUCGCUUGACCCAGUUCUUUUCGACCUCCCCCAAGUCCAAAGUCGAACCGACGCCCGCCCAAGCGGCUCUUCAAACCACCGGUGGGAACACCACGGCGCCUCCGAUCAGUUCGGCGUCUCUCUCGCUACCGACCAUUUCUCUCUCUACCGCCACGGCAGACAAUCCCAACAUGGACGAACCGCCGACCACGCUCUUUCAACCUCCCUCGCCGGAGGAGGCCCGUCGCCUGGCGAAGCAACACGCUCAGUUCGGACCGAUCGGCCAUCCGAGUCACCGUUACUCGAGUCAACAUCCCGGCGGUGACUUCCCGGAGCCCAUCAUGGAUGAACCGCCCUACUACUACCUUCUUACCACCUAUAUCAGCUAUUUAAUUCUAAUUGCAUUUGGACACGUUCGCGACUUCUUUGGAAAACGAUUUCGCGAGGAACAUUACCGACAUCUGAAGCCUCGGAAUGGAUACGGGGCUCUGAACAGUGAUUUCGACAACUUCUACGUUCGCCGCCUGAAGUUGCGUAUCAAUGAUUGCUUUGAGCGCCCCGUCACCGGCGUCCCCGGAAGAUACAUCACCUUGAUCGAUCGCGCCACGGAUGACCAUAACAACAAUUUCUACUUCACCGGAACUACCACCGAUACGCUGAACCUCAGCUCGUACAACUAUCUGGGUUUUGCUCAGUCGGAAGGCCCGUGCGCCGAUGAUGCCGAGGAGGCCGUGAGAAAAUACGGCAUCGUUGCACCCAGCACCCGUGCCGAAGCCGGAACGCAGGAUCUUCACAACGAACUUGAGGACUUGAUCGCUAGAUUUGUCGGCAAAGAAGCUUCCAUGGUGUUUUCAAUGGGUUUCGGUACCAAUGCCAAUGUUUUCCCUGCGUUGGUGAACAAGGGCUGUCUCAUCAUUUCGGAUGAGCUGAACCACGCAUCAAUCCGCUUUGGAGCGCGUCUUUCUGGAGCCUCCAUCGGCAUGUUCAAGCACAAUGACAUGAAAGACCUCGAGAACCGACUUCGGGAGGCUAUCAGCCAAGGACAGCCGCGCACCCACCGUCCCUGGAAGAACAUCUUGGUCGUCGUCGAGGGUCUCUAUUCCAUGGAGGGGUCCAUGUGCAAUCUGCCUGGCUUGAUUGCCUUGAAGCGACGCUACAAGUUCAACCUGUUCGUCGAUGAGGCGCACUCCAUCGGAGCCAUUGGACCCCGAGGACGCGGCGUCUGUGACUAUUUCGGCAUCGAUACCAGCGAGGUCGAUAUUCUCAUGGGCACCCUCACCAAAUCUUUUGGCGCCAACGGUGGAUACAUUGCAGCCGAUAAGGCGAUGAUCGAUACUCUGCGUUCAACCAAUUCCGGAGUCGUGUAUGGUGAAUCCCCCUCCCCUGCGGUUCUGGCUCAGAUCUCCUCUGCUCUUCGGAUCAUCAGUGGUGAGAUCGUACCGGGCCAGGGUGAGGAGCGGCUACAGCGUUUGGCUUUCAACUCUCGGUAUCUUCGUCUCGGAUUGAAACGUCUCGGAUUUAUCGUUUACGGACACGACGACUCUCCCAUCAUUCCGGUUCUUCUUUUCAACCCUGCGAAAAUGCCCGCUUUCUCGCACGAGAUGCUGAAGCGGAAGAUCUCUGUCGUCGUGGUUGGUUAUCCUGCGACGCCUCUGGUCUCCUCUCGAGCCCGUUUCUGCGUUUCGGCAGCGCACACCAAAGAGGACCUCGAUCGUAUUCUCACGGCGUGUGACGAAAUCGGAAAUGUCCUGCAGCUCAAAUUCUCCACGGGCGUUGCUGGUGGCGCUCUGCCCUCGAGCGAGGGCUCCACACCGCCGCCAGAAAUGGAGAAAGAGUGGCACCGCCAGCAGAACCCGAACAUGAGCCCUCCCCGAUGGCAAAUCGAGGACGUCAUCAAGCGCGGUGUCCAGGAUGUCAAGGCUCCCUUGUUUUAG